AGAGCAGAGCAGAGAACAGCAGUGCGAGUGGCGCCGGCCGAUCCUCCAUGUUUCACCGUCCUGCCCUUGGUUGCGUCAGGUAUCUGUGACUUCAUACAUGUCCAGUAUCUCUCUAUCCUGCCCUUGAAUUAUGCUGGACAACGUGACUGGGGAGUGACAGCCGUGGAUAUGGAGACGUGGAACUUCGACUUGCUUGACGAUCCGGAAAACACCAAUGAGCCCGAAUAUGGGGAUGGCCUGCAUCACGAUGCGCAAAAUAUUUGGCAGGGACUACUGCAGCCUCAGUACGAGAGGUCAGUACGGGGCAGAAGACGGGAAAACACCUCAGUUACUGCACCGGGCAGAUAGGAAUAUGAAAGUGAGCCAGAAGGAGCGCUGACGUAGAACAAAGGCCUCCUCGUGCAGACGAUGAAGCAGCACAACCACGCCUCUUCACCUUCGACAACGAGGAGCUCACGCACGAGCACCCAGAAAGAGACCUGCCAGUGUCACCUCCGGACCUCGAACGUCAACGACCAUCCGAGCCUACGUUCAACCUCGACGUAGACGACGAAACAGUGCAUCCCAUCAGAGUCUCCACGCCGACCUCCUAUAGAACGCACGAGUUCAUCUCGCUCGAAGAUACCGACUCUGAAGACGAAGAAGAGAUCGAGGUCCCCGAUAUGCCGCCCACUCGACGAAGCCACCGCACGAGCGUGGUCGACCUGACCGAAGGCUCGCCGCGACAGUCCACUUCACGGCAGCCAAAACGUAAACGAUCGGCGACAGAUGCCAUUGCCGCAAGCAGCUCCACGGAUAGCAAACGUCACAAGCCAUCGGCAAGAAUCGAGGAGAUCGGUUUGGCAAACGAGGCUCCCUCCGCUGAAGAAGAGCUAGUGCAGGCUCAGCAGCAAAAAGCCACUGAGGCACAACAACAAGCGCUCGAGGAUGCUAUGCCGCAGAAGAUUGGACAGCGAUCGUGCAUCAUCUGCUUGGAGAACUUCACGAAUUGUACUGCUACUGCAUGUGGGCAUUUCUUUUGUCACGAAUGUCUGAUCCAGGCUCUACGAGCUGCUGCUAAGAACAGUGAUCGGGGCACUGGUAGCUGCCCGGUGUGUCGGAAGAGCUUGAAAGAGAACAAGAAGUCCGAUGUCAUCCCCAUCUCAUUCAUGACCAAGAAGGAGUACGACAAGCUUCAUCGGGUUCUCACAUAAGGUUCAUGCAGGUGGAGUCGAAGAGAGAGUUUGGAAACGUGGGGUUCGAUGGCUGGCAAACAGGACAGGCGUGAAAAUGGGAUACUACCUGGCUAUGGCUCCGUGACCCAGCCCGCAUACGCUAUAAUAAGCCUUUUGGCAGCUGGUUGAAUGUGUCCCAAGCGAAGGAGUUUUUUAGCGGUGCCACAGUGUUUCGGAGGCGUUUUGGGAGGGAUGAUGCAUGAUGCGAUGAUAUCCCUGGCUACCUAUACAAUCAGCAUCAGUCAGAAGUAUGUAUUGUUCGACUGCUACUGUAUGACUAAGGUAUCGAGAAGGCUGCCAGCCAAGGGGAAUUAACGGUGUGGCAGCGAAGUGCCGCAAAGCGUUAGGGUGCUACCUCCUACCACCGUGCACACAUGUACUAUCAUAUCAC